ACAGUGACACAAACCUGGCAACUAGCUGUCGGAUGUGAGCCUUUGAUUAUUAGGGCACAGUGCUCGUAUUCUAAUUCCCCGGAUUAACUAGAUUCAAAUGAACAAAGCCUUAAAAACAGUCCUUUGUCAUUACACAUACACUAUAAAUACCUUUCUGCGUUCUCACCAUGCCGAGCAAUAAGGCUGAGAAACAGGAGGUCAGCGAUAAUGUUAAGGUUGUGGUGAGAUGCCGCCCCCUGAACCAGAAAGAGAAGAUGAUGGGCCACAAGCAGGCCGUCAUGGUGGACGAGAUCCGUGGGACCAUAACAGUCAACAAGCUGGAGACUCCCCAUGAGCCUCCUAAGACCUUCACCUUUGACACCGUGUUUGGACCAGACAGCAAACAGCUGGAUGUCUACAACCUCACAGCUCGCCCCAUCAUUGACUCAGUAUUAGAGGGGUACAAUGGCACAAUUUUUGCAUAUGGGCAAACUGGCACAGGGAAAACAUUCACCAUGGAGGGUAUGAGAGCAGUGCCAGAACUCAGAGGGAUAAUCCCAAAUUCCUUUGCUCAUAUUUUUGGUCACAUUGCCAAGGCAGAGGGUGACACCAGAUUUUUAGUUCGUGUUUCAUACUUGGAGAUUUACAACGAAGAAGUGCGGGACUUGUUGGGCAAGGACCAGAUGCAGAGGCUAGAGGUGAAAGAAAGACCAGAUGUAGGUGUCUACAUCAAAGACCUCUCUGGUUAUGUCGUGAACAAUGCUGACGAUAUGGACAGGAUUAUGACACUUGGCCACAAAAAUCGCUCCGUCGGUGCUACAAACAUGAACGAACACAGCUCCCGUUCUCACGCCAUCUUCACCAUCACCAUCGAGUGCAGUGAGAAGGGUGUGGAUGGAAACCAGCAUGUGCUCAUGGGGAAACUGCAUCUGGUUGAUCUAGCGGGUUCAGAAAGACAGGGCAAGACAGGAGCCACAGGUCAGCGUUUAAAGGAAGCAACAAAGAUCAAUCUCUCUCUCUCCACACUGGGCAACGUCAUCUCUGCCCUGGUGGACGGGAAGAGCACACAUGUUCCCUACAGGAACUCAAAACUGACCCGGCUGCUGCAGGAUUCACUUGGAGGAAACUCCAAGACCAUGAUGUGUGCAAAUAUAGGCCCUGCAGACUACAACUAUGAUGAAACCAUCAGUACCCUGCGCUACGCAAAUAGGGCUAAAAAUAUCAAAAACAAAGCCAGGAUCAACGAGGAUCCUAAGGAUGCUCUACUGCGACAGUUUCAGAAAGAGAUCGAGGAGCUCAAGAAGAAACUGGAGGAAGGUGAAGAGAUCUCUGGCUCAGAGGACAGUGGAUCAGAUGAAAUGGAUGAAGGGGAUGAUGAAAGAGGGGAGGCGGGAGAAGGCCGCAGGAGAAGAAGAGAUAGUAGCAGUGACAGCAGCAGCAAUAGUUCAGAAUUUGCCAGUACCUCCUCAGUGCCACCGCCCACUGAGGAGAAACCACAGAAUACAAGGAAGAAGGUCUCCCCAGACAAGAUGGUGGAGAUGCAGGCAAAGAUUGAAGAGGAAAGAAAGGCUUUGGAGGCCAAACUGGACAUGGAGGAGGAGGAGAGGAACAAGGCAAGAGCAGAGCUGGAGAAGAGGGAGAAGGAUCUGCUCAAAGCCCAGCAGGAACAUCACCUCCUGCUGGAGAAAUUGUCAGCUUUAGAGAAGAAAGUGAUUGUGGGUGGAGUGGACCUCUUGGCCAAGGCUGAGGAGCAGGAGAAACUCUUGCAGGAGUCCAACAAUGAACUUGAAGAACGUCGGAGGAGAGCAGAGCAGCUGCGCAAAGAGCUGGAGGAGAAGGAGCAAGAGCGUCUGGACAUAGAAGAGAAAUACACAAGCCUACAGGAGGAGGCUCAAGGAAAGACCAAGAAGCUGAAGAAAGUAUGGACUAUGCUGAUGGCUGCCAAAUCUGAAAUGGCAGAUCUACAGCAAGAGCACCACAGAGAGCUUGAGGGCCUCCUAGAGAACAUCCGCCAGCUGAGCCGAGAGCUCCGGCUACAGAUGCUCAUCAUAGACAACUUUGUUCCCCAGGAAUACCAGGAGAUGAUAGAAAACUAUGUGCACUGGAAUGAAGACAUUGGAGAAUGGCAGCUGAAAUGUGUAGCUUACACUGGCAACAACAUGAGAAAACAGACCCCUGCCCCUGACAAAAAAGAAAAAGAUCCAUUUGAGGUGGACCUGUCUCAUGUGUAUUUAGCCUACACCGAGGAGAGCAUGAGGCAGUCACUGAUGAAACUAGAGAGGCCCAGAACCUCAAAAAAUAGCAAGAGCGGUCGACCCAAGACUGGGCGAAGGAAAAGAUCUGCAAAACCAGAGGCUGUCAUCGAAUCCCUUCUGCAGUGAUGACAGCGUAAAGGAGAGCUACAUUUCACUGCAACUUUCAUGUUACCUAAAAGAAGUCGUUAGUCCAGUUUAUGGUUAAACACUAUUUAAAAGAUAACUUAAUACACUGUAUAGCUGGUAAGGUUUUAAAACUGAAGGAGCUGUACCUGUGAUAGCAUUAAGACCUCUUUGCCAAGAGGACUUGUUUUAUGUAUUGUAAUGUAAAACUUCUUUGAGGCUAUCUGAUGUUUUACUGUUGCUUUGGAACACAUUCCAGUUUGCAUUAAGCACCACUGGCACAAAAGAGAAUAUCUACCAUGAAAACAAUUCACUUCAUGUCCAGCAUUGCAACAUUUUGGCAAUGACAAGCAAUGUGAAAGAAGCUAUAGACUCAUCAGGAUGUGGAAAAUCAAGUUGUGGUCAUGACCUACAAACUACAAAACUUUCAUAUCUUCUAAACUUUGCUGCGUGUACGUAAUGCAAGUGUUUUGUGGUGAACACCACAUGGAUUAAGCCUUGACCUCUUGUGAUUUAGCAGACCAAUUUGUGUGUAUUGGCCUAUAAUCAUAUAAAUACAUUGUAAUUAAAUUGCAAUUGAAGGUGUAUUUUCACUUAACCAGAUUAUUCAACCACAACACAAGCAAAAGCCUUAGUUUCCUUCAAGUGAAUACAAGAAAACGAUUAAAAUAUGUAAAUGACAAGUGUGCUUUAGACUCUUUCCUUUAGGUGAGAAGCAUAAGGGCAUGCAUGCUGACCAGCUCUUAUAUUAGUGCCAUUUGCUACAAAAAAAGUCAUCUUUUUAUUUUUAAAUGUCAGGACACGUUCUGUUGUAUUGAGAUACCAUAGAUACGGUAUGCCUUAGUAUAAUGCACCAUUAUGACGUCUUUGUGGAGAUAAUUUAAUUUUAUGAUGUUUUGUAGUGGAGGCAAACUGACUUUUGUAUUAUAAUGUAUGUCAAAUGUUUACAUCCAUCAAACUCCUGUAUUUUAUUAUUUUAUUUAUUAAAUUAUUUCACGUUUCAACUCA